AGUGUCAGUUUUAUUUCCCAUAUAGUAAUCAAUUCUUUAGAUAAUAUUGUCAAGCCUUCUUAACAAAUAAAUACUGAAAAAAUGAGUAAAUGAUGAAUACUAAAAUUCAUUAAAGUAAGUUGAUAACUAUAAAAUGGUGUACCUUUGCUAUUCUAAAUAGAAGUGACAUCUCCUAUUCAAAACAACUGUGAUUUUACACUUGAAGUUAUAUCUAAUUACCUGACUAACUUACCUUUGUUUGAAAUAAUUAGAAUCAAAGUUUUGCUGAAAACUCUGUCAAAACUCUAGAAAUAACUAUCACGAUUAGAAAAAGAAAAUGUUUGAUGACUAUAUAAAUGUGGAAAUAGCAAAAAUAAUUGCGGAAGUCUUCUAAAUUGGAAUCUAGAUUUAAAAUCGUCCUUAAUUAUGGUAGAUAAGUUGCAUGAUUAUCAAGGUCUUACGGGACGAGUCCAUGGAUUUCGUGAUAAAAUUAGUGAGAAGUGGUCUGGGUUGAAAGAAUGGAAAAAUGAAAUUCCUACUAAUCAAGGAAUCGGUGGUGUUAUCAACCAUUUUCGACAACCACCCAAGUUAGAACGUACUAUAGAAGAUUACUCACAUGUGUACAGGCCAAAAACACGUUGGGAAUUAGUACGAAUAUCAGCAGCUGUGAUGGGAAUUGAAUUUUCUUAUGCAGCCGAAACUGCCUUUGUUACACCAACUUUAUUAAAAAUCGGUGUGGACCAUCAACACAUGACAUUAGUUUGGGCUUUGAGUCCUCUUGUAGGCUUUUUCGUAACACCAGUUUUAGGAAGUCUUAGCGAUCGCUGCAAAUCUAAGUUUGGCAGAAGAAGAAUUUUUAUUAUUUUCCUUGCUAUUGGUGUUUUUCUGGGACUUCUAUUGGUACCAAAUGGCGAAUCAAUGGGGUAUAAAUUUGGUGAUCCACUACCUUUAACGAAUCAUACAAUACCUUUAGGGCAUAGAUUAUCAGCUAAAACGGAUAACAUAACAUUGCCAGAGACUCCACCUACAUCUCACUCUUGGGGAAUAUUUUUUACAAUUUUAGGAACUGUUUUACUUGAUUUUGAUGCCGAUGCUUGUCAGAGUCCAGCCCGAGCUUAUCUAUUAGACGUUACAAUUCCAGAGGAUCAUGCACGAGGUUUAAGCACAUUUACAAUAAUGGCUGGUUUAGGAGGUUUUAUGGGGUAUGGAUUGGGUGGAAUAAAUUGGGACGCAACAAGGAUUGGAGUGGCUUUGGGAGGACAUGUUCAUGCAACGUUUACUCUCAUAACUAUUAUUUUUAUUAUUUGCGUGACUUUCACGAUUACAAGUUUCAAAGAAAUACCACUUUAUUUACUUGAACAAGAGCAACAUCGAGCUGCCAUGCAGGCUCAACAGACAGAGAAUCAAAGUGGAAAUGAAAGUGAAAAGAUAGCUCUUAAUGAUGGUGCUACUUAUGGAACUCUCGGAAGUACAACGGAUUCUUCAACAGAACAACAUGAGGAAUUUGCAUUAAAGCCUCUCCCAGUGGAACAUCCUAAAAGACAUGGCUCGGUACCAAUGGUACCAGAAAUCAUAGAAAAUUAUGAUAAUUAUUCUUCCGAAAUUGAUCAAGUUGACCCUAAAGCUACUUUAACAGAAUAUUUACUUUCAAUUGUCUACAUGCCUCAUAGCGUACGCAUGGUUUGCUUAACAAAUUUAUUUUGUUGGAUGGCUCACGUUUGUUACUCCCUUCAUUUUACUGACUUUGUUGGCGAGUCAGUUUAUGGAGGAAAUCCCAAGGCACCUGAUGGCUCUAAAGAAAGAGAGUUAUAUGAGACUGGAGUUCGAUUUGGCUGCUGGGGGAUGUCAAUGUAUUCUUUAUCCUGCUCUUGCUAUUCGUUAAUUAUAGAGAAAUUAAUUCAACGAUACAAAGCUCGGAGGGUCUACGUCUACGGGUUGUUAUUUUAUAGCCUUGGGAUGAUGAUGAUGGCUUUAACAAAGCACCCAGUGGGAGUUAUAAUAUUUUCUUGGACUGCUGGAGUGAUGUAUUCAACUUUAUUCACAAUACCAUAUUUAUUGAUCGCACAUUAUCAUGCUUCAUCGACGUUUGCUGUUUCUGCUGAAGGCGAGGCAAUAGAUAGUGGUGGAGUGCGAGGAUUGGGUACUGAUGUAGCAAUUGUAUCAUCUAUGGUUUUCCUUGCACAAUUUCUACUAUCAUGUUGUCUUGGCACGAUUGUUAGCCUUUCGGGAACGACGACAGCAGUUGUUUGCGUUGCCAGUAUACUCGCUGCUUGCGGAGCACUCUCAGCAACUCAAAUUAUGUAUUUGGAUCUUUAAGUGUGAACAUUUGUUUCUGUAAAUUAUUUAAAAAUCUUUCAUUAUCAGUGUGAUAAAAGUAAAAGUAAACCAAACAGCAGUAUUAGCUAAUUACUAACCAUAGUUUCAGGAGUGUUCAAAAAUUAAUUGAAAAAUAAAUCUCAAUGGUACUCGUAAAGCACAAAAAUAAAAAUAACUAUUAUAAUUAUCUUAAUGUAAAUAC